CAAAAUAUAAUAAGCAUUGAUCGUCGGUAAAAUAGAUAUUCCAUUGGACACGUUGACAUUUUGGCGGUCUUUCGAACCGAACAUAUUUACAGGUUAGAAAUUGUCGAAAACCGUCAUCAACAAGUGAUUUUUUUAGUGACAAUUAUGGAAGAAGAUAAAGAAAAUUCGAAAGUGGAGACGACUGAGGCCGAAAAAUCGACGAGAAUCACUCGUCGUGGGGAUUUAACUCCCUUCUUCGAGAAGAGUGAUCAUAGCAUUAAUCAAAUUCAUCAAACCGAGGUCCCCCAGAUCUGCAAAGACGAGCCCUGUCAGCUGGGAGUGGACGAGGCAGGAAGAGGUCCAGUCCUGGGUCCAAUGGUCUACGGAAUAGCCUACGCUCCCCUCUCGAAAAAGCAGCUCCUGGUGGACCUCGGCUGUGCAGACUCAAAGACCCUGACAGAGGAAAAACGAGACGAGAUAUUCGACAAGAUCUGCGACAAGCACGAGGAGAUGGGAUGGAUGGUGGAGGCCAUUUCCCCGAAUAUAAUCGCGAACAGCAUGUACAGGAGGUCGAAGACUUCCCUGAACGAGGUGUCGAUGAACUCAGCAAUUGGCCUGAUCAGACGAGCCAUCGAGGCUGGGGCAAACAUCGCAGAGGUCUACGUGGACACAGUGGGAAAGCCUGAGAAGUACGAGGCGAAGCUCAAGGCCAUUUUCCCAGACAUCGGGAAGAUCGUUGUUGCCAAGAAGGCUGACUCGACGUACCCCAUCGUCUCGGCUGCCAGCAUCUGCGCCAAAGUCUCCAGGGAUCACGCCCUCAGGGCCUGGAAGUUCAGGGAGGGAUCGCCCAAGGGGGACUAUGGCAGUGGAUACCCCAACGAUCCUGUCACCAAGAAGUGGAUGAGCGAAAACGUCGAUCCCAUCUUUGGGUAUCCGCAGAUCGUCAGGUUCAGCUGGUCCACUGCCGAGACUAUCGUGGCGGACAAGGCUGUUGAGGUCGAGUGGGAAAAUGUUGAUGAUGAUGAUGUCAAGAGGGAUGCCAAGGAGCAGAAAAUCUCCAAGUUCUUUGCCAAGGUCGAGAGGGAGAGACACGAAUUCUUUGUUGAUCGAUGCCUCAGUGCAACUUCUGAAUUUUGAUUGAUUAAUUAUGUUUAUUGAUUUUUUGUUAAGGGCGCUACUGAAGUGUACAGGGAAAUAACGGUUUAAAUCAUUAGAUUAGGGUUUUAUACAGAUAACUGAUUUUUGGGGAUUUAAAGUGUGAACUAAUUGAUUGAAUAAAUGAAUUGAAUUUUUUAA